AUGAAGACCCUUUUUUUCCUGGCGCUCAUCCUCCUCACGGCUCUAGCCCUUCCCGGGGCCGAGGGCAAAGUGUUUGAGAGAUGCGAGCUGGCGAGGCUCCUAAAGCGGCAGGGCUUCAGCGGCUUUGUAGGACGCAAAGUGGCUGACUGGGUCUGCCUGGUGCAACACGAGAGCGGCUACCGAACGGACGCCGUGCAUGACAACGGCAGCAGCCGUGACUACGGGAUCUUCCAGAUCAACAGCUUGUACUGGUGCGACGACGGCAGGACUCCCGGUUCCAAGAACGCCUGCCGAAUUUCCUGUAGCAGACUUCUGGAUGACAACAUCGCAGAUGACAUCCGCUGUGCCAAGAUGAUAGCCCAGGAGGCCCGAGGCCUGACUCCCUGGGUGGCCUGGAACAGGUUUUGCCAGGGAGAUGUCGACCCCUACGUGAGGGGCUGCUGGUAG